UGACAUGGGGAGUGGGGCGAGUGCCACAAAUAAGGAACAAACUGGAUGACAGGGAGAACGGAAAUAACAUCCAAACACUCCUCCAGAGCAUGGCCGUGACACUGUAAAACUUUAUCAAGUACUAAAGCAAUAAUCUAAUGUGAUGCUGCGGAGAAUAAGGAGCUGGGUUACUGCAUAGAAUUGUUACAAGAGGAUAAGAAAUCCGGGAGGUUGGUUUCUGCAGUUGUGAGUUACAGGAAUUAUAAGGAACACGCUGAAGUAAGGCGGGCAAUGCCGUUUGGAUGUGUGACAUUAGGUGACAAGAAAGAUUACAAUCAACCCACAGAAGUGAGCGACAAAUAUGACCUGGGUCAGCUCAUUAAGACGGAGGAAUUCUGUGAAGUUUUUCGAGCUAAAGAGAAAUCUUCUGGAAAACUUUACACCUGCAAACGGUUUCUAAAGAGGGAUGGACGUAAAGUAAGGAAGGCAGCAAAGAAUGAGAUUAACAUCUUAAAAAUGGUGAAGCAUCCAAAUAUCCUACAGCUUGUUGAUGUUUUCGAGACACGGAAGGAAUAUUUCAUCUUCUUGGAACUAGCAUCGGGCCGUGAAGUGUUUGAUUGGAUUCUGGAUCAGGGAUAUUACUCAGAAAAAGACACAAGCAAAGUGAUCCGACAAGUGCUGGAAGCAGUGGCUUAUCUGCACUCUCUGUGUAUUGUGCACAGGAACCUGAAGUUGGAGAAUUUGCUUUAUUUUAACCGUAUGAAGAAUUCUAAGAUAGUAAUCAGUGAUUUCCAUUUGGCCAAAGUGGAGACCAGCCUGAUUAAGGAACCAUGCGGGACUCCAGAGUACCUGGCCCCUGAGGUGGUCGCGAGGCAGAGAUAUGGGCGUCCUGUGGACUGUUGGGCAAUUGGAGUUAUCAUGUAUAUACUUCUCUCUGGGAAUCCUCCAUUUUAUGAUGAGACAGAAGAGGAGGACUAUGAAAGUCAUGACAAGAAUUUGUUCAGGAAGAUACUACACGGAGAUUAUGAGUUUGAUUCUCCAUACUGGGAUGAUAUAUCACCUGCAGCCAAAGACCUGGUAACACGCCUGAUGGACGUAGAACAGGAUCAAAGGGUGACAGCCGCAGAUGCCAUCAGCCAUGAAUGGAUUUCAGGGAAUGCUGCAUCCGAUAAGAAUAUAAAAGAUGGAGUCUGUGCUCAGAUUGAGAAAAACUUUGCUAAAGCAAAGUGGAAGAAAGCAGUGAGAGUUACCACUAUGAUGAAACGUCUGCGGGCCCCUGAGCAGACAGAGCCUGUGACCCCAUCACCCUCCAAGGAUGGGGAGCUGACCCCUGGCCAGUCCACACCAGCACCUUCACCUACUGGAGGAGUGCCCACACUACCCACUCUGCUCUGCCCUGCUCCAACAGCACCAGCUGAAGAGUAGAAUGUGGAGCAGUAACUGGGCGGAUUUGAAGAUCUUAACCUUUUAACCCUAUUCACAGCAGAGCAUUGCACCAUUAACCCUUCUGUUCCUCAACCAAAAGGCAGCUCUGCAGAAUGUCACACCAUAAACUCUUUUUUUUCUGUCAGAGGAGCUGCAUGAAAAUGUUCUACAAAGUGUUGCUGGGUAAUCUGGCAAAAAAGGUGUUUAACACCUUAAUUGCUAGGAUGAAAUGCAGCGCUUCCCUCCACUACUACCUAUCUGCAGAGCAUUGUUCCAUUAAUUAUUUCAUUUCUCUGCUAUAGCAAGGCAUUUAUUCUUAUUUCUUAACCCUUUAGUAGCUAUAUAUCUGUUUAGCCAUUACGUGGAUAUUUAAUUAUGUCAUUAACCCUAAUACUGCUGGAUACAUCUGCAAAGCAUUCCUUUCACAAUUCCCUAUUAAAACAGAGGCUGAGAUAUAACCCAUGCAAAUGGCAGACAAGUUUAUAGUCUCAAAAUUUCCCCUUGUUUUGCAUCCCGGCCUCUGGUAUUUUCCCUCCUGGGGCAGCUAAUUUAGGGUAUUUCGCCUCCCGGUGGGAGGGGGGGGGCGUGUAAUGUACAGAUGUCGAUUCUGUGUUUCAUAUGCUUUAAUUUAAAUAAACUUGCUGCUUCUCCCAA